GCGCGUUCUGGAAGAGGGUAUCCUCGGCUUGCGUCUCCGUCCGUCAGACUGUCAUACGGCUGUAUCGCGGCUAGGCUUUACAACAACAGAGCUGUCACCGCUGUUGUGCUGAAGCCCCCCCAAAAAACAAUCGCAAUGGCAACGGAACUUUUCGAAAAACAGAAGACCAUAGAUCUCAGGAAGAAGCACAUAGGGCCGUCCUGUAAGGUCUUUUUUAGCCAUGAUCCAAUCAAAAUUGUACGAGCCCGGGGUCAGUACAUGUAUAACGAGAAGGACGAGAAAUACCUGGACUGCAUUAACAAUGUGGCGCACGUGGGCCAUAGCCACCCAGCCGUGGUGAGCGCCGGGUUCAAGCAGAUGGAGCUGCUCAACACCAACUCGCGCUUCCUGCACGACAACCUGGUGCAGUACGCCCAGAGACUGCAGGCCACACUGCCCGACAAGCUCUGCGUCUGCUACUUCGUCAACUCAGGGUCAGAGGCCAAUGACCUGGCCUUGCGAAUGGCCUGGCAGUAUACUGGACACAAGGACAUCAUCACGCUGGACAAUGCGUACCACGGUCACGUGUCGUCCCUGAUCGAGAUCAGCCCUUACAAGUACAAGCAGCUGGCAGACAAGGAGCAGAACCCUCACGUGCACGUGGCUCUGAGUCCAGAUGUGUAUCGGGGGAAGUACAGGGAAGACCACCCAGAUCCAGCCACUGCGUACGCAGAUAACGUCAAAGACAUCAUUGACAAAGCCCACAGCAAGGAACACAAGAUCGCUGCGUUUAUCGCCGAGUCCCUGCAGAGCUGCGGAGGACAGGUCAUUCCCCCUGCCGGCUACUUCCAGAAAGUGGCACAGCACGUGCGGAAGGCCGGGGGCAUCUUCAUCGCUGACGAGGUGCAGGUGGGCUUCGGGCGUGUGGGCACACACUUCUGGGCCUUCCAGCUGCAGGGCGAUGACUUUGUGCCCGACAUCGUCACCAUGGGCAAGCCCAUUGGCAACGGGCACCCCAUGUCCUGCGUCGUCACCACCAGAGAAGUGGCGGAGGGCUUCACCAGCUCAGGGAUGGAGUACUUCAACACCUUCGGGGGCAACCCGGUGUCCUGUGCCAUCGGCAUGGCGGUGCUGGACGUGAUCGAGCAGGAGCACCUGCAGGCCCACGCGCUGGACGUGGGCACCUACCUCACCGAGCUGCUGGAGCAGCACAAGCACAAGCACCCGCUCAUCGGAGACAUACGGGGGCGUGGCCUGUUUGUUGGGGUGGAGCUCGUCAAGGACAGAGCAAAGAGGACACCCGCUACAGCUGAAGCACAAGAUGUCAUCUACAGGCUGAAGGAGCAACGGAUUCUCUUGAGUGCCGACGGUCCGCACCGGAAUGUUCUGAAGUUCAAACCGCCCAUGUGUUUCUCCAAAGAGGACGCAGAUCUUGCCGUGGAGAAGAUCGACCAGAUCCUCACAGAGCUUGAGACGGCGCUGGGGAUGAGUCUGUCCGGCACAGCUGUGUCUGAGAACGGGAGCGGCAAGAGGAAGGUGACCGGCGAGGAGAAUGGACACCACGCACACGCAAACGGGAAAGGCCACCACAGCCAGCCCCCCACCGCCAGGUCCACCAAGAGAAUAAGAACAUGAGGAGGAGGAAGAGGAGGAGGAGGAGGAGGAGAAUGAGGAGGAGGGGAUGCCUGACUAAGUUCAGUGCUGUUGAGGGGUGUGUUGUUUCCAAAAAGUGAUUUUGUGCAGAGAUCGCGAUAGCAAAGAGACGGAGUGAUGAGUUAAUAAUUACACUGCAGUGCUUUUUGGGACACACACACACACUUCGGUUCAACACACAAGAAGGUGUGUCAGAGAAGCCAGUGUGUUUGCGUUGAUAGGACUUAAUUCCAGCCAAUUUUUGUAUCGAUGUUGCUACUCUUCCAUGUUUUAGUGGAGAUUUGAGGUGCUUGAAUUGUGAAAAAAAAUGAAAUGUAUUCCAUAUCCCUUUAAUAAUAAUGCUUUAUUCUUUAUGAUUUUAUUUUUUUCAAUUUCUCUGUCUUUUAUCGUCAUGCUCCUGUAGAAUAGUUUUCUCUUAAAUUGUGGUUUGGGCGGAAUCCAUCCCAUCAUCGUAUCGAGGGGUGAGAACCAGAGGGGCUUAAAGUGACAUUUUGACGAAAUUGAGAUACUUACAGUACAUGAAAUGAUGAUGCUCCAAGCCCCCGAUAUGUUAUAUCAUCUCCACACAUAAAACCCAUCAUAACAUUCAGUCACAGAAACUCCUGGGCGGGUUGAAAAAACGUUAUAGAGGUGUUAGUGCUGAACCUACAGUAGAUCAGCCGCUUACAGUACCUCUUCUGCUGCCCUCCUAGAGAGGCUAAGACAUUACAGACCUUGGAACCUGUAAACCCCAGACAGGAGACGCUUAGGUGGAGACAGGUAACAGGUGUUAUAUGAGACCGACUCUAGAGUGUGUGUGUGUGUGUGUGUGUGUGUGUGUGUGUGUGUGUGUGUGUGUGUGUGUGUGUGUGUGUGUGUGUGUGUGUGUGUAGGGAAGAUAAGACUGCUUGAGAAUGCAUGUGUUACCCUUCAGCUAAUACCGUGUAUACAGUUUCCGAUGCUGUCCUUAACGGCCUGUGUGCCUGACUGCCUUUUCCUGUAUUUCCCCUGUUCAAUACCACAGUAAAUCCUGCCUGUCAGAACAAAAUAAACCUGCACGAUCUCAAA